GAUCAGGUUCUAAUAGAAAAAAUCAUUUUUUAUCUUGCUUUUCGUUUCAUUUUUUUUCAGUUAACAAUUCGUUAGCACACACGUUUUUUAUUUUCACGCAUUUGUCAUAUCACGAUUCACAAAGACUAUGAAGCUAGCAUUGAGCAUUACGUGGAUAUUCUCUAUUUGCAUGUUGAAAACUGUAUGUGAACAGUUUUCCAAUAACAAUGUGACGUACAUUGACAAACGCGAUCUUGCGUUAAAAUACGAUACAGUCAAUGUGGUUUUUACACGAAAAAGAAGAACUUUGAUUUAUCCCAAGCCUUCGACACUAUUGCUUAUUUUUGGCAUUGGCACUCCACUACAACUUGGACGAGAAAGUGUAAUUGUUGGAACUUUUUCAAAAAUCAUUUAUAAUUUACCUGUGAACUCGACGGACUUCACUGAGCCUGGCGUUCACUAUAGUCGGACUGGUAAAAGUCGAUGGAAUAUAUACAAAAUAGUGCAAAAAGUAAUAGAGAAUUAUGGAUUUAAAGGUAAAGAGUGUAUGCUCCGUGCAAUAUGCGAAGCUGCAUUCGCACCUUUUAACAUACAUUACGGCAUAUUAGGACAACUCGUCCAAACAUUUUUAACACCUUCCAGCACAAACGAGAAUUACGAGCAACACGAGGAUAGAGAAUAUCAUGUGGCAGAACGACUAGGACAACAUUUGGGUGAAAACUGCCACGCCCUAUAUACAGAAUGCGAGAGAAGUAUUCUAGACGUAUUUUCCAGAGUAGACUUGUAAGACUCGUAAGAAAGAGAACAAUAUAAAGAAAAAUAGAGGAAGAAUGUAGAAAGUAGAAGUGAGAGCAAUAAAAGCGGACGGAAUUCUGACCACAUCUACACUGGCAGCGUUAAAGCUUCCUUGCGGAUCGUUAUCACCAGGUCAAGGAGAGAACAUAGAGUGAAAGCAUCACCAACGCGCUAGUAUUGUUUUAAAUCAAAAAUUAUAGAAUUCCAUUGUUGGCACACUUCAGAAGAAAAAUAUUUGUAGCUUUUACUUACGAGAUAUUUGCAUUUAUUUGUAUAUUACGGCAUUCGCAACAGAUAAAAUUAAAAUUAGCGCCUGCAUUUUUGAUUAGAAAAAUAAUAAUUUCAUAUAGAUUUCUCAGUACAUAAGAAUUAAAAUAAAUAAAUACA